AUGGCCAUCUUCUCUGCUGCUACCAGGGCUGAAGUGGGCAAUGGAAGCCGUAUCCUCUUUUGGGAGGACCGGUGGCUGGAUGCAGCCAGGAUUGUAGAGGUGGCGCCGCUAAUCUAUAAGGCUGUCAGCAAACGUGUGCGGGCCGGCAAGCUACUUAAGGAUGCGAUACAUGCGGGCGCUUGGGUCCUGGACAUAAAACCUAAUCUGAGCUUCGAGGCUCUCAUGCAAUACCUUGCUCUAUGGCAGCGACUUCAGGGCAUAUCGCUUCAAGAGGACUCUGAGGACGCCAUAACUUGGACGUGGGAGGCGAAUGGGCAGUUUUCGGUCAGAUCUGCUUAUGCUGCUCUGUUUGCAGCUAAGGAGGUGGAGCCGACGGCACAAUUCACGUGGAAGUCCAAGGCCCCUCUGCGAUGCCGGUUCUUCGUGUGGUUGGCCAUGAAGAAACGUUGCUAG